UUAUCCGGAUAUGAAUUCAGCUUAUGAUCUUGAAUUUAUAUUAUUGAAGCAGUCAGUGAUAUUUUUCAAAAGUUAUAACUGACUUAGCGAAGUCACGUUAUUUAUUUAAUCAAGAUGGAAUUAGAAUUUAUUUUUAUAUAAUUACUUAAGUCGUGGAUUAUUUUCGACUCGGGAGUUAAUUAAAUCUACGGAUUUAAUCUAGAUUCAUAUUAAUUUUUUUAGCAUCACCAAGGCAUGAGGAUAUACUUCAUUUAUUCAUCAAUCUCAUUCUCAUACUUUACAAACUAUUACAACCAAUUUUCGUUCAUACCUUCCAAUUACACCACAAUAAUUUAGCAUUUGCAUAAAGAAGAAUAAAAAGAAAAGAAAAGAAAAGAAAAAGUGUUGCCACCAUCCUUUGUUUCCAACAUUUCCUUCCACCAUCUACCACUUUAUACCAUGCCCUUUUAUCCCCACACGUCUAUCAAUUCAUAAGUUUUCUCUCACAACCAAGAAUUUCAUCAGCUGGUUGAUCCGAACUUCCAUCGUCCAUCAGAUUAACAACAGCAACAGCGGGAUCUUUUCAUAAAAGGUUUCAUUCUUCAAUUCAAUUAAUAUGUCAAUUUCCUUAAAGCCAAAACAUUCAGGUUUUCAGUAGCUCAACUUAAGGUUCCAUCUUGUAACCUUCUCGCUGAUUUCAUUUUUACAGUAUGUUUUAAACAACCAAUUGUUCCAGUUUCAACUCACCACAUGAACAAGGCAUACACAUUCAAUAUCUCAUCAAGGCAUCUGCAUAUACAAUCAGUCAAGCGCAAGAGUAAGAACUACACAAGGAGUUAGAGUACCUUAGCAAAACUUUGCUAUCAGGUUGAGCUGUGAUGGGCGUUGAAGUGUUGUUGCUGAGUGGAGUUUUUGUCAAACUUAAAGUAGGCUCAGAAAGGAUACAUGUCUUCAUACAUGUAUCUCAGUUAUGCAUUCCGCUGUAAACACUGAUUAUUUCAGUUACGCCUUCCGUUGCAAACUCUGAUAAUGUUUUAGCCAAGCCCCUAACGAUGCCUUUUUCCUUUUUAAGGAAUAUAAAGCGUAUACAAGUUCUUUGAGUACCCUUUUUAUGCGAACUAUGCCUUUUUCCUUUUUAAGGAAUAUUUCACGCAUAUUCAAGCUCUUUGAGUAUUCUUUUAUGCGCCCCUUUCUAAACCCGCUUCUUAAUUUCCCUUCCCCAGUCAUGGUUUUCCCGGAUUAAUUAUCCUUAAUUAAGGCCGGUCGUGACAGAGUGGUAUCAGAGCAGUUCGUUUGCUCUGAGCCUAAGAGUUUAUUUAAGCCAAACUUAGAAUGGAUCACUAAAGUGUCUAGAGUUCAAUCGACAAAGCUCAGCACUUCAUCGCAUCACACUCAACGAAGCAGAAUGGUAUGCUCUUCCAAGUUUUGAGUUAAUGUUUACAAAAAGUCAGAAUUAUCGUAAUAGCAAAGUGAGUAACUGUUAAUAGUUAUGUUAUGUUGUUAUUGAAUGAAAUGAUUUACGCAAGUGCGAUUAAGUAUGCCUAUGGAAUGAAUCCCUAUGAACAUAGAGCUAUUAAGUUAUGAGAUCACCACUACGACAGAACAUAGAAGCAAACAUAGAAGAAAUUAGAUUGUAUCUUUUGGUGGCUAUAGUGAAGGCAGCAAGAUAAGUGAUACGUAUAGAAUAAUUCUUAAGCUCAUGAUUUUAUAGCCGCUAUGAAUCUCCAUGACUUAUGCUUAAGUAUCCAAUUUAGAUGAUGUGAUAUUAUAUGCUUAAGAAUUGAUAUGACUCAUGGAUUUGAGAUGCUAAGGACCCUUAAAGCUUACUACAUCAAUGCAGUCAUUGGAGUUAUGACUUGUUUACAAGUUAGAAUAAUUUAACCUGUACAAGAAUUCUUUUGAGGCUUGUAUUAGAUUAUGCUAGAGUGUACUUAUUGGCACAUCCUUGCUAUCAGAAUGCCGCCUAAGAGAGGACGCCCUGCGAGAAACAAUAACAAUCGCAGAAACCAUAACGCUGUACCCGAAGAACCACAAAAUGAUCGAGAACAUAAUCCAUCCCCUCCGCCCCCGACUAGGAGAGUCGAAGAACUCUUUUUAAGGCAAAAUCCACCUACGUUUGACGGAACAAGUGAACCGGCUGAAGCUGAGAUUUGGGUGCGUGCAAUGGAACGUAUUUUCAACUUUCUACGUUGUACUGAUGAGGAGCGCCUAUCUUGCGUCUCAUUCCAGCUAACAGGAUCAGCUGACUUCUGGUGGGAAGCACGUCGAAAAAUUUUGACACCUGAACAAUGGGCAAGUUAUACUUGGGAAGAUUUUAAGACAGGAUUAUAUGAUAAAUAUAUUCCGAAAAGCUAUAGGAAGAAGAAAGAAGCUGAGUUCUACGAGUUGAAGCAAGGAAAGAAAUCUGUGGUUGAAUACGACAAGGAAUUCUGCAACCUGUCUAGGUUUGCUCCGCAACAAGUGGACACAGAUGAGAAGAUGGCAGAGAAAUUUUGUGCCGGUCUGCGACACGAAAUUAGGAUGACUCUAGCGAGCCACGGAGGACUCUCAUAUACGGAGUCUCUGAACAGGGCACUUGACAUUGAAGCUGCAAUGCCGUCAGACAAGUCUGCCCCACCAUUGAUCUCAACGCCAAACGACUUACCAGGAGCCUCACAUACUCUCAAAGGGAAGCGCAAGUGGGAUAACAACGAAGACAAUAUCAAUCAGACUAGUAAGAAAGUGUGGCAAGAAAAGGAACGGGCCGAACAGUUUAUUCAACCAAGGUACGAGGCACAGACUAAUCUCGAGCCAACUGGAGGUAAACAAGGUCAGAGAGGAAUUUCACCUUGCCCAAAUUGCGGUAAGAUGCAUAGGAGUGUUUGUCGAGCUGGGACUAACGGUUGUUACAAUUGUGGCCAAAAGGGUCACUACUCCACGCAAUGCCCCAACAGACAACGAGGUUCAGCAAUUGGGAACAUCCACACCCCCUUGCCAGCAAUACGUGGACACUUGCGAAAUCAGUCUCAAUCACAUCAGUAA